AUGAAAAUGAUGAAACGAAUAUUAAACCUUAUUUAUUCAACAAAUUAUAUUCGUUUUGGCAAUGUUGUUCAAGAUUGUUUUGAAUCAUUAAAAUUUUAUAUAUAUCGUUUAGAAUAUUCAUUUGAAGAUUAUGAACAACGAAAAAUACAAUGGUCAUAUCAAACAUUUCGUCGAACAAUAUGGUUAGCAUUAAAUUCAUGGAUCAACAUAUUUUAUAUUGUUCAUUUAGCAUUUUUUCCAAAUUAUUUUCUAUGGAAAUCAUUAAAAUCAUUUGAACGUGCAUUUCAAUUUGAACGUGUUGAUUUUCUUUUACAAUAUCAAAUAACCAUGUUUAUUAUAGUUGAAUGUUUAUGUAAAUAA